CAUAUUCUUUCUUCUCGCACUAAUGCUUCUUUUCUCCCCUCCACCUUGUCUUCCCUUUGCUGCAGCGUGUACAGCGUUCCUCUCCAGACAAGGCAGCAGCAGCAGUUGCUUGGAUUCUGGAAGAACUGAUCGGAGCAGCCGGUUCUGAAAGAGAGAGCUAGCUCGGCCAGGGGGAAAGUUUCUGACCUCUCUGAUCAAAUCCCUCCGCCAGAUCUCAGAGAGGCCCUGAAGGAGCAGCUAUUUGUCAUCAACUCCGAUCAGACCAUGAGAAGAGUUUUCUUUCUCAAAAUAGAAAUCAAAAGAAUAGCUUGUUCUUCGUUUUGAUCGUUUUUGGUGCAGUGGGUCAUGGCAUCAUCUAGUUCUUCCUCCAACUCCCCUUGCGCUGCCUGCAAGUUCUUGAGGAGGAAGUGCAUACCGGGCUGCAUCUUCGCACCCUACUUCCCCCCGGAGGAGCCCCACAAGUUUGCCAAUGUCCACAAGAUCUUUGGGGCCAGCAACGUCGCCAAGCUCCUCAAUGAGCUGCUCCCUCACCAGCGGGAGGACGCCGUGAACUCUCUGGCCUACGAGGCGGAAGCCCGCGUGAAGGACCCGGUGUACGGUUGUGUCGGUGCCAUCUCCGUCCUGCAACGGCAGGUCCAAAGGCUUCAGAAGGAGCUUGACGCUGCCAAUGCUGACCUCCUCCGUUAUGCCUGCAACGACAUCCCUUUGGGGUUGCCCGUUCCACCGACCAUGGCGUCGCCCAUGGGUGCUUACCGGAGAACCGAGUUCAGCAGGAGAAUCGGCAACCGGGGAGGUCCGUUGUUUCAGGCUCCUGCUUUGGCUGUGCCCAGCCCUCCUCCAUGGUCAACUGACAUAUUUUCAGGUGAUCAUAGCAACAAUCCUGUGGAGGAUACCGAUCAAACAGGAGACGAGAGCAGCAUUUGAACUUUAAAAUGAUCAGAAAACAUCCUACAUUAUUCUAUACGUUACCUGUUGGCUGCAUAUAUAAAUAAUAUAUAUGAGACUUGGAUCCUAAUUAUUGUGUUUUAGGCAUUUUAGCUAUAUCAGGCAAUCGUAUGAUAUGUAUAUGUGCUUGUACCUUCUUAGAGAACGCGCAUGAUCAAAUGCUACCUUAUACAUUAA